GAUUUAGUUUGCAAAUUUCUUUAUCUUUAUGUCUUAAACAUUAGAGAAUAAUAUAUCCAAGUAUUUUUAAAAAAAUAAAUAAAAGGAAAAAUAAUGUCAAAAAUAACCUCUAGCAUAGUUGUUUAGUGUGAUUUCCAUACGUAUUUGAAAAAGGUACACAUGUGUUUCUUUUUUUGUCAUUAAAAUAAGUAUAUCACACAUUAUCUUUUCUUAAAAGUUCGACUUUUCACUUUGUCAAUGACAUGUUUUUAUUGUGCCUCUUGCUAAUAUUCUAAAGUUUUAUUUAUUUUUGCAGAGAUGUGAGCUUUCUUAUAACAUCAAUAGAAAAGUCGUUAUGUGAAAGAGCAUAUGAAGUUUGGUUAUAUGUUUCGUUCUAGACAAUACGCUGAAGAUCCUUGAUCACUAACAUAUACUAAUUAACUCUCGCCCAUUUGAUUAGAUCAUUAGAAUAAUACUGUGAAAUGUGAACCUCUCAAACAUAUUUAAAUAUACAAUGCUAGAUGUCAGCGAGGUUAUUUUAUUACGGGAAAUAAACUAUACUAAUAAAGAUUUAUUAAUAUUAUAAUACUUAAAGAGUGUCAGAUCCUAGUCAUGUUUAUGUACAUUAAACUUAUAUUAAUACUUUUUCCCUUUCAAAAUAGAGAAUGUUUUAAUGAGUUUUCGAUAUUUUAAAAUAGAUAAUGUUUUUAUAUAUUAAUGUAUUUUUUCACUUUAUCAAAAACUGUGUAACCAAUGAUAUUUUGUAGUUUAUUUUGCGAUUGGUUAAAUAACUUUUAAUUUCUAUUUUAAUGAUAUUUUAAAGAUAAAAAAUAAGUUUCUUAAUAGUUGUGCACAAACCUAAAAUUUCAUAUAUUUUGAAACAGAGAGAGUAUAAAAAUAUAUUUAAUCAGUAACACUCAACAGGCGAUUCAGCUAUAUAAAUGAUGAGUUCAUCUAUCUUUAGUUUCUUCCAACGAGAUGAUCGUUAUGCGAUGAACUGAUUAUAAUCUAACGGUUUCACUCUACUUUUUUUUUCUUAAAUAAGUAUUUGAUUCACCAUAGUAUGCCAAUAAUAAUGUUUCAGACUUUCUGAGUAUUCAUUCGAUUACUAGUUUUUGUAAAGAGAAACAAAUCUAUAUUAGAGUGAAAUCAGAGCCGUGCUUACCCCUUGUUGAAAAAGGCAAUGGCCUUAGACCCCAUAAUUUUUAGUUAAUAUUUAGGGCCUCAUUUUGUAUAUAAAUGCAUUAGUUAGUGUUAUAUAUGCUUACAUACAUACUGCACAUAAAAAGUUUGGUUGUAUAUUUCUUUUUUUUCUAGAAUUUAGUUUGGAUUCUCUUUUUAGAUUUCAAAUAUAAACAUAGUCACUACAUCUACUAUUUUAGUUUUAUGUGAACAUACCAAAAUCUUAAAUGGAAAUAUCAUUUGAGAAAAAAACUGCCUCAAAUGUUGUCAAAAGAAAAAAAUUGCCUUAGGCCCCUGAAAACGUUCGCACGACACUGAAUGAAAUUAUAGGAAGUUGUAUGUAUGUUAAAAGAAAAUCUAUGUAUUAUCUUUAGUAGAGUUAAAUGUGGAUAUUACGUCACUUUUGUGUUAAAAAAAAGAUAUUACGUCUCUUCAAACUUUGCUAAAAGUAUCUUCAAUGCAUGGUUUACCUCAUUUUUUUCUUAAAAUAAGGUAAACUUACAAUAUGUUUGUAUUUUACUCCAGUCAUUUUUUUCAUUUUUCUGCAAAAAAUAUUUCAAAAAUAUUAUAUUACUAUUACAUAUUAUUAAUUCUGAAAUGCUUAUGUAAAACUUACAAAUUUAUCCAAAUAGAAUUUCAAUUGAACUAAAUCUUCACUAUAUACAUAAGUUUAGUUUCAAAAAUAUAUAAUGAUUUAUUUAGUUAAAAUUAUAAUUAAUUAUUAAAGUAUUAAUAAUUUCUCCAAAGUAUAAAACAUAAAUAUUGAAUCUUUUAGAUAUAAAGAAAAACUUUAUAAAAGUGUAAGAACUAAAGUGCAUCAUCAGAAGAUUCAAUAUAUCUAAAAGAUUAAAGCUAUUCAUAAAUUGGAGAAAUACUUUAUGAAUAAAAAAACUUAACAUUAAAGCUAUUCAUAAAAUUAUUUUUUCAUUCAAAAUAAUGCAUCAUCAGAAGGACCAUUGGAGAUGGUAAAAAAGACAUUUAUGAAUAUUUAAUAUUUCAUUUAAAACAUCUUCUAUUUUUCUCACACAUACAUAAAAUCUCUUUUGACCGAGAAUAAUAUAGUUUUACAGAAAUAACUUUAUUGGCCAUAUAGUUUUGGCAAUAAAUUGGUGUAUCUGAAAAAAAAAACCCAUCAUAAUGUAUUGACCAAAAAGAUCCUCAUAAUAAACUUAAUUAUAUGGAAAGAAAUCUAAUGUUCUUACUCGAAAAAAAUAUGCUCUUUAAGUUGGAGUCUACAUCUUGUUUAAAGUUUUUAAAUAGAUAGCAAAUGUACCGAUUAUUUUCAAAAAUAUAUCUCAAAGAAAGACAAGUUCAAAAGAAAACCAGAAAACAUAAAAAGAUGGAGAGGAUAACUCCAGUUGUAUUACUCGUUAGCUUACUUAUCAUGUUUGCAUCAGUUGUGAAUCAGACCAGAGCAAACACCUGUGCCGACGGACUAGGCACUUGUGAAAACUGCGACGAGAGAUGCAAGGACAAACACGGGCCAUCAAGUGAAAACAUCUGUGACCGCUCUCUUGUGAUGCCUCUGUGCAUGUGCUACUAUCAAUGUGCAGAUCCCACACCGACUCUGUCUCCACCCAAGAUUUGCAAUGGUGGAGCUGGUUUAUGUAGUGCAAGGUGUCCCGGAAGUUGUUGUGAUACUAACUGCGCACAAAAGUUUAAGGGUGGACAUUGAUUUUGUAUCACCCUCGGUACUUUUAAUUUGUGCCAAUGUCAGUACCCUUGUUAAGGCUGGUUUACAAAAUUGCAAACAAUUGUGUUUGAUUAUUAUUAACUUAAAUUCAGCAAUGCAAUAAUAAAAUAAUACUCCUUAUUUACAAAGAAAUUUAACUAA